AUGGAUAAAUUAACGAUAAGUCGUCGAGCAAAAAGUGCAUGUGAGAUACUCGAAGAUGCUACACUUGCUGCUCGUUUUCCAUUCGAUAAUGUAGCAACACUUGUUGAUUUUGGACCUAAUUCAAUAUCGACAAGUGCCUCCUCUUAUUCGAUUUUAUCUAGUGGUCAUUCUCUUCAAGCAAUCAAGUUCAAUGGUUCAAAUUCUUACUUUCAAGCAUCAGGUUUCACACAAUUCAGUAUCAAUAGCCAACCAUUUUCGAUAUCUCUCUGGAUUCAGCCUGAAUCUCGAUCAGGCACACUAGUUCACAUUUCGACCUUAUCAACUGGUCUCGGAUUAUGGUGCCUUUCACUCAUAGGUUUUGCUUCAAAUGGUACACUCGUUGCUCAAAUCUAUAAUGGAACAACUGUGUUAUCUGUUAUGGCAUCUACUCUUAUUCCGCUGUCAUCAUUAUUCUGGACUCAUAUCGUACAAACAUGGAGUUCAACAAAUGGUCUUCGUCUUUAUAUUGACAAUGUUCUAGUUGCUUCUCUACCAUCGGCAACAACAUUUUCAGCUAGUGGAAUAACGCCCAAUUAUGCGACAUUAGCGAGUAGUCUUUUGGGAUCAGGAUCGUGCUUGGCAGGUGCGAUCAAUGCCACUAGUCCAUUCACAGGUGGUAUCGAUGAUUUCAAAAUUUACAGUCGAGAAUUAUCAGCAACUGAUGUAUGUACUUUGUAUAUCAGUUAA